AUGGCCGAAGAAAUCAGGUUGUGUCACACCUGCAAUAAAGACAGGCCGAAGGAUGCAUUUCGGGCAUCUGAAGGUGCAGCGAAGGAGUUCUACAAACUGUGUGAGGAUUGCCGCACGAAGUACCGGAAUAGAUCACGAUUCAAAAGGGCGCAAGGAAACACGCAAGGCAACAGGGGUCGAUCCCGGCCGUAUUAUCUCGCUAAUCCAGCACCCCGAACUAUUCCCGACGUCAGCAACUCGCAGACAGGACUUACCUCUGAAGGCAUCAGUGCUGCACCGACAACCACCGUACAUGGCCAAGCGACAGGUUCGCACGCAGAUCCUAGCCAGCACAGUUGGGUCACAGUUGCACCGCCCGUUAUCGAAAGUUCCGCGCAAAGCACAACAACAACCACUGUCAUCACCAUUUCUACCACCACCAAGAAUAUGAUGGAAACCACCACAAAGCCAGAGGAAGACAAGGAGACCGCACACGAUGGUAUCCAGCGGGGAGAUGAAGACCUAGAGUCACUUUCAACUGAGCCCGAAUAUGAGCAGCAAAGCGAAAUCAGCGUAGGUCCUAACCAACGUCCCGAAUUCUUUGGCUGUAUGCACUGCGAGAAACUUCGCCCAUGGCCAAUGGCGGGACUGCAUAUCUGUUUGUUGUGUAUUCGGGACUGGAAGUGGUGUGCAAAGGGUGCCCACAAUCAUGCCAAGGCGAGCUUCUUAUGGGAUGGCAAGGAACACGAUGAGUGUUAUAUGUGUCAUUUUGCGGACAUCUAA